UCCAAAUCUGCGCUCAUUACCAAACGUCCGACCUCUUUCUCUCUUUAUUGCGAAGUUGACAUCUCCUACUGCUAACGGAAAUAUAAAUGACGGUCGAUAUUGCCUCAUAAUAGCCAGUUACAAGUGGUUGAUAGCAUCGGCUAAUGAAACCAAAUCUGGCAACUCUACCAUUGCUGACGAUAACGCACGCCUCUCAGAGUCAUGGACCAAUCGUCUGAUACAAACGAAGCAGUAUCUUCAUCUAGACGAGGUGUUUCCGAGAAUCAAGAAGACCAAGAUUACGGAAGCCUUCGCCGACGGAGCAGAGCUUCGAGGAGAUCCACCCUUCGGAGCACGGCCCCCAUAACAACGGCUGGUCAGGGAACUCAAUUCAACCUUGCCGGUCCCAGCGACUCUCAACAAUUGCGCAGCGCGCAUGAGCCCUUUGUUCAUCCAGGCUAUGGAGAUCUUAAUCCGUCAUACGAACAGCCAAACAAUGCCAAGCCAAUAUGGAGUUUGGCAAAGCCAUUGCCGCGCGUUGUUCGUCCGGGAAUGGUCCCAACCAAGAAUGAAUUGCUGGAGAACUGUGUCAACGCAGAGCUGCCGGCUGAAAACUCCCAAAAGCUGGGACUGGAUAUUGACCCGAAUGAGCUUGAAAAGGGUCGCAUCGAUAAGUCGGCAGAUGUGCGCAAGAUGGCAGCGCAAGUCACCGAUGCCCGGGUGCAGAGAGAAAAUAACUUUAUCAAAACCAUCCUAGCAUCGGAUGCUGAGUCGACGACUGGAGAAAUUCCUCAGCUUGUGAAGACAAGAUCAAGCCAAAGACGACCUACUAUUACGCGCCCGUCGGUCCAGAGUCCUCUGUAUACUGUGGAAGAGGGCGAGUCUGAGCAUGCAAGUACCGCAUCGAAGAAAAGACUAAGCCGUGAGUCUCAGCGGCUAGACGAGGGCGAGGGAGAAAUUGAUUUAGGACCAGACGAACUCAUUGAGGGCAACAGGUCUCUCGAAACACUUCGCCUCGAUCAAGAGGCAUAUCCGGAGGAUCUUCACCCAUUAGUCCAGAAUUUAGUGGAAGACGAAAUUCACAACAACCAUACUGUCUGGUCUGUUGUCCGCACCCAUCAUCGCGAAGCGUUGGCCGAAUCUCUUGCGGUCUUCAUUCAACUGACCGUCGGAUUUUGCGCCGACAUUGCCGUUACCGUGGCCAAUGCCGGUAACCCUAAUACUACAGCCUGGGCCUGGGGCUUUGCUACCAUGAUAGGGAUCUACAUCUCUGGUGGCGUUUCUGGAGCUCAUCUGAACCCUACAAUCACUAUUAUGUUAUGGUUCUACCGUGGAUUUCCUAAGCGCAAGAUGCCCGAGUAUUUUCUUGCACAGUUUAUUGGGGCCUUUUGUGCGUGUUUUGCUGCAUAUGGUGUCUAUUACGUGUCUAUCCAGCAUUAUCUCUCGACUAGCACAGGCACAGAUCAAGACAUUAUGAAUUGCUUCGUCACAAACCAGCGCAGCGCAUACAUUAAUGUCCCUACAGCUCUGUUCAAUGAGUUUGUAGGCACAAUGUGUCUGACUGUCGUUGUGCUAGCACUCGGCGACGACCAAAAUGCACCCCCUGGUGCGGGCAUGAACUCUCUUAUUAUUGGCCUAGUUAUUACGUGUCUCACUAUCAGUUUCGCCAACCAGACCGGCGCUGCUCUUAACCCGAGCCGUGACUUUGGGCCACGAUUGGCGCUCUUGGCGCUUGGCUAUGGUUCUGAGCUAUUCACAAAUCCUUAUUGGUUCUAUGGCCCUUUCGCAGGUACGCUCAUGGGUUCAUUUACCGGGGCGUUCCUUUACGAUUUCUUUAUAUUUACUGGUGGUGAAUCCCCAGUCAAUUAUCCUCUAGACCGGACACAGCGUGCCUUGCGUAAGAGUCGAAUGAAGUGGCGGCGUCGGCUACACUUGACUCCUAAAGAGGGCGAGGAUAAGAUUGUUUAG